AUGAAUGCUGAUACUUGUGUUUCUUAUUGUGAUCCGGCUGCCAUGGAUUCCUACUACAACGCAGCCUCCCAGGGCACAGAAGGCUCCUCGCCUUUUAGGGCAUUUCAAGCAAGUGACAAGUUCAGCCCUACUUUCCUGGCCAGCAAAGGACAAGGCUUUUCCCUGGAUGGCAGCGUGCAGACUCCGGGCUCCGCCGGGGCUCCGGCCGCCUUUAGUAAAUACCCUCCACAACAGCAGCAGCCGCCGCAUCUCUACAUGCAGCGAGGCCCCUGCAAAACCCCCCCGGAAAACAACCUCAAGCUGCAAGAGAGCAGCGGCCACAACGGAGCCCUGCAGGUCUCCUGUUACGAGAUGCUGUCCCGGCCUGGAUUCAGCGCGCCGCCGCUGACUGGGGUGGCCGUGCUCCCCAUCCUCGAUGCGCUCGUUCACCGUGACCCUGCCGGACAGCGACAACGACAGGGCCGCACCGGCGUCUCCGAGGAGCCUCUAAAACGGGCGGUGAUUGCGGGGUGCGGGCGGCGGAGAGCCGAGAGAAGCCCGGGUUGCAAAGCCCAUGAUGCCGGCUUAGCCUGCGAUGACACAUUACAACCCCCGGUAGAGCCACACGAAUUUAUCACCCUCUUUAAUGCCACCGAGGUGUCCUCCGAUUUAUUUUGA